AGGGAGAGAAGGAAGCGGAGCUCGGUUUUCCCGCCCGAGACCGCGGCGGCGGCGGCGGCAAUGGAGAGCAAUGGGGAAAUGAACUGUAUGUCCUAUCUUGCUUCUGGGGAAGCAGAAAAUUUUUGUUGCAUUUUUCAAUCAUGUGAUUCAAGCUUUGUAAAAGGUCAUCUUGGAACAGAAUCAUCCAGCCAACUUGGAAAGGAUUUAUUUCAUGAAUCAAUAGACAAAUCAGAUAUGCACCCCGCAGAAAGUGAAGAGGUUGAAUCGCUGAAGGAAAACUGGAUCUCAUACAACAGAUUUAUGAAUAAACAUCGAAGCAGGAUGAGAGAACCCUUGCCAUCCCUUGAGGAUAAACCCCAGGAGAGCACCUUGGAAGAAAGCCUGAACACAAGUGAAACAAAACGGUCGUGGGAAGAUGCUAUGAAAGAUAAAGUUGCUUUUCAGGAAAUGCUUCACGAGGCAGAGUUGGCAGUUAACUCGGCAGAAAUGUUUUUGCCAUCGUUUAAAGAAAGUCUUGUUAGAAUUGCAAAAGCCUGUUGUAUUUCUGCUUCUGAUGAAAUAACAAUUUCUAUGCAAGAGAACUUACUGAUAAAGGAGCUAGAAGCUAUUCAAAAAAUGAAGGAAUUGUUAAGCUGGCUAUUAAAGUCAAGCAAGGAAAAAGAAAUUAUCGGUAAUGAGACAAAAGAUUUGGAUCAGACUUUAUCAGAAAGUAAAAUCUAUGUUGAAAGCCUCAGAAAUGAAGUGAUUCAACAAGAGAAGCAUAUUUUAGAGCUUUCAGAUCAGCUUCAGCAAGAAAAAGCUAAGAUACAAAAAACAUACCGCCAUUCUGAAGCAAUACAAACAGUACAAACUCAUCUACAGUCUCAGGUAGAAAAAAAAGAAGAAGAAAAUAAUCAGCUAAGAGCAAAAUUUCAGACAAUGGAGAAGAAUAUUGCUGAAUGGAAGAGGCAAGUUGGUGAAUAUAAGCAGAAGAUUUUGGCUGAAAAGAAAAGGAAAGUGGAACGGAGGAACGCCCUGAAAAGAGCAGCUGUUGUUCAGAAACAAAGAGCUGAACAGAUGAAAAUGGUUGUCGAAAACUUAUUUUCAAAAGUGAAAGAGAAGGAAAUCCAGUUGUCGGAGGCAUUUUCGGCUCCUAAUAUCUGGAAAAGUCAUCACAAGAUCAUAAUAGAGGAAAAAAUCAAGUUAGAGGUCCAGGUUGAAACUUUAAAAAAGCAGACCACAGACCUUGUAAUGGAUCUAAACAGAAUAGAAGAGGAUGAAAGAAAGUCAACGAACAAGAUUAUCCAAAAGAUUAAUUUUGUUGCUUCUGAAAAUAAAAAGAUUUCUACAGAAAAUUCAAGGCUAAAGGCAUCCCUAGACGAUUUGGAAGCAGAUUUUAUUACUGCAGAAGCGGAACUUAAAAGUUUACAUGAACAAGUGCAUCAACAAGAAGAACUGGUUGAACAGUAUAAAAUUGAGGU